CGUUCAUUUCUUGCAGUUGGAAAGCCGCCCUCUCAAGCCGCCGCCUCUCAAGCCGCUCUUUUUCUCUCUCCCUCUCUCUCUCUCUCUCCCUGUAUUUCUCUCUCGCUCGCUCGCUCGCUCCCUUUUUAAUCUGCUCGGCCUCUGACAUAAUCAUCUCUUCUCUGUCUUCGUUUUCUUCUGCUCGGACCCUGACAAAAUCUUUUCUCUCUGAUGCUCGAUCGUCAUGUAUAUAACUGCCUCUUCGUCUGGACUCCUCAGAGCUGCAGCUUCUUCCCAUUCUAGGGUUAGGUUUUCGUCUUCCCUUUCCACCAAAACCCUAUCUUCUUCUCCAUCUUCUCUUAUAAACCCUCGCUCUCUAAGCUUCUCCAGAUCCAUCAGCUCCUCAUCUAUCUUCGUCCGAUCCCUACGAUCUUCCUUCUCUUCGCGUCACCUCUUCGAUUGGAGAUCGCCAGUCAGCCUUCGUGCUCAGAUCAGGAGCUCCGCUGCUGUCAUCGAACGGUUCCAGCGGAAGAUCGCGACCAUGGCUUCUGAGAAUGCAUUCAAGGGCAUCUUAACCAGUCUCCCGAAGCCAGGCGGAGGCGAGUUUGGAAAGUACUAUAGCUUGCCUGCUCUCAAUGAUCCAAGGAUUGAUAAAUUGCCAUACUCUAUCAGGAUUCUUCUAGAGUCGGCGAUCCGUAACUGUGACAACUUCCAAGUCACUGAGGGGGACGUUGAGAAAAUUAUUGAUUGGGAAAAUACUUCCCCAAAGCAAGUUGAAAUCCCCUUCAAGCCUGCUCGUGUUCUCUUGCAGGAUUUUACUGGUGUACCAGCUGUGGUCGACCUUGCCUGCAUGCGAGAUGCUAUGAACAAGCUUGGCAGUGAUUCUAAUAAGAUCAAUCCCUUGGUUCCAGUAGAUCUCGUUAUUGAUCAUUCAGUUCAGGUCGAUGUGGCAAGAUCAGAAAAUGCAGUUCACGCAAAUAUGGAGCUUGAAUUUCAGCGCAACAGGGAGAGAUUCGGUUUUCUUAAAUGGGGAUCUACUGCUUUUCAAAAUAUGCUUGUUGUUCCUCCAGGUUCCGGUAUUGUGCACCAGGUUAAUCUGGAAUACCUUGGGAGGGUUGUGUUCAAUACCCAUGGCAUACUCUACCCUGAUAGUGUGGUUGGAACUGAUUCCCACACAACAAUGAUUGAUGGGUUAGGAGUUGCUGGCUGGGGAGUUGGAGGGAUCGAAGCAGAGGCUGCGAUGCUUGGCCAGCCCAUGAGCAUGGUUUUGCCUGGUGUUGUCGGGUUCAAGUUGUCUGGAAAAUUGCACAAUGGUGUUACAGCUACCGACUUAGUUUUAACUGUGACGCAAAUGUUGAGGAAGCAUGGGGUUGUUGGCAAGUUUGUUGAGUUUUAUGGUGGGGGCAUGGGUGAAUUAUCAUUGGCUGAUAGGGCUACUAUUGCUAAUAUGUCUCCUGAAUAUGGAGCAACCAUGGGUUUUUUCCCUGUAGAUCAUGUCACUCUAAAAUAUCUCAAGCUGACAGGACGAAGUGACGAAACCGUGGCAAUGAUAGAAGCCUAUCUGAGAGCUAACAACAUGUUCGUUGACUACAACUUGCCUCAAAAAGAGAGAGUAUAUUCAUCUUAUCUAGAGCUGGACCUUGCAGAUGUUGAACCCUGCAUGUCAGGUCCAAAGCGACCUCAUGACCGUGUUCCCUUGAAAGAAAUGAAGUCAGAUUGGCAUUCUUGUUUGGAUAACAAGGUUGGAUUCAAGGGCUUUGCAGUACCUAAGGAAUUACAGGAUAAAGUUGCAAAAUUUUCUUUCCAUGGUCAGCCUGCAGAGCUCAAGCAUGGUAGUGUCGUUAUAGCAGCCAUCACCAGCUGCACGAAUACGUCAAAUCCAAGUGUCAUGCUUGGAGCUGCUCUGGUAGCAAAGAAGGCCUGUGAAUUGGGUCUGGAGGUUAAACCUUGGGUUAAGACAAGUCUCGCUCCAGGUUCCGGCGUUGUUACCAAAUAUCUCCUUAAGAGUGGGUUGCAAAAGUAUUUUGAUCAACAAGGUUUCAAUAUUGUUGGUUACGGCUGCACUACAUGUAUUGGGAAUUCUGGUGAUCUUGAUGAGUCAGUCUCUUCUGCAAUUUCAGAAAAUGACAUCAUUGCUUCUGCCGUGCUCUCUGGAAACCGAAACUUUGAGGGUCGAGUGCAUCCCUUGACUCGAGCUAAUUAUCUUGCUUCACCUCCCUUGGUUGUUGCAUAUGCCCUUGCUGGCACGGUUGACAUAGAUUUUGAUAAGGAACCAAUAGGAACAAGCAAGGAUGGGAAGAGUGUCUAUUUCAAGGAUAUCUGGCCAACAACUGAAGAAAUUGCAGAGGUGGUUCAAUCCAGCGUGCUGCCUGACAUGUUUAAGAGCACUUAUGAAUCAAUCACCAAGGGCAAUCCUAUGUGGAACCAGCUGUCAGUCCCAGCCACAACACUUUACUCAUGGGACCCGAAAUCAACAUACAUUCAUGAGCCCCCAUAUUUCAAGACCAUGACCAUGGCUCCACCUGGGCCCCAUGGAGUUAAGGAUGCCUAUUGCUUGCUCAACUUUGGUGACAGUAUUACAACAGAUCACAUUUCACCAGCAGGGAGCAUCCACAAGGACAGCCCUGCUGCAAAGUACCUCCUAGAGCGCGGGGUGGACCGGAAGGACUUCAAUUCAUAUGGUAGUCGUCGUGGCAAUGAUGAAGUGAUGGCGAGGGGAACCUUUGCUAAUAUUCGCAUUGUUAACAAGCUCUUGAAAGGAGAAGUGGGCCCAAAGACAGUUCACAUUCCAACAGGCGAGAAGCUAUAUGUUUUUGAUGCGGCUAUGAGGUACAUGGCUGAUGGGCAUGACACUAUUGUCCUGGCUGGAGCUGAGUAUGGAAGUGGAAGCUCUCGAGAUUGGGCUGCCAAGGGUCCAAUGUUGCUGGGGGUGAAAGCAGUUAUUGCCAAGAGCUUUGAGAGAAUUCAUCGUAGCAAUUUAGUGGGAAUGGGUAUUAUCCCCCUCUGUUUCAAGCCUGGGGAGGAUGCAGAUACUCUUGGUUUGACAGGUCACGAACGUUACAACAUAGACCUCCCAAGCAGCGUUAGUGAGAUAAAGCCUGGGCAAGAUGUCACCGUCACGACUGACAAUGGGAAGUCUUUCACCUGUAUAGCUCGCUUUGACACCGAGGUGGAGUUGGCAUAUUUUGAUCAUGGGGGUAUCCUUCCUUUUGUCAUCCGUAAUCUGAUCAAUUCCAAGCAGUAAAGAUGUUGAUUAGGGGAUCAUAUACGUAGUGAACAUGCGUAUAUGUUGAAAAGGAUUUUUGAAAUGAAUAAAAAUAUUAUCAGGCUGGCCUCUUACCCAGGCAACCUGCGGAGAGCACCCUGUAAACAUGCAGAUUUUCAUUCAUUUGCUUUCUCGAUGUGGGGAAAAAAAAGAUGAAACAGUGGGUGAGUGAUCUAAAUAAUUCCUUUUUGCCUUUGCUUU